AUCUUCAUCAAUGCCGGAAAAACUGGACGUGGACGGACGCGAUCGCUAUCACAAAAACUUUCUAAAGGGACUACGCUGGUCAUCCCAUGAAGGAACGGACAGAUGUGCUUUAGUUUUAGGACUUUUUAUUCCUCGUGAAUGAAGCGGUCUCUGUAGUUUUGCGAGAAUGUCGGAGUCGGUGGGAUUCUUCACUAAAGCAUGCGUCGUGCUCGUGCUGCUCUGCGGGCUUCACCUCAUCGUGGCACUGAUUUUCUAUUUAUCAGAGUCGCCUUUAGCUAAAUUUAGGAAUUAUCGACACAUUUCAUUUAUCUCUGAUAUGGUUAAUUCACAAACUCACGGAGAAUUGGGACAGACUAACAAUGAAACACUUGACGUAGCUGUAUAUAAACGUAUCUAUAAUAACGAGACUGUCAUUAUUGGUGACGUAGAGAAACCUGCAGAAGUACUGGAGUCGUGUCCUGAAACGUCGCCACUUUUAGUGGGUCAACUGCGAGUUGAAUUUUCGACCCCGGUGGAUUUUAAUUUGGUGCGUCAAGGCAAUAAGCAUCUGACGAUGGGCGGCAGGUAUACACCCACCAAAUGUGUGGCUCUGCAAAAAGUGGCGAUAAUCAUCCCAUACAGAAACAGAGAAGAACACCUCAAAUACUGGCUCUACUACCUUCACCCUAUCUUAAAGAGACAGCUGCUGGAUUAUGGGAUUUAUAUCAUAGAACAGGAUGGAGAGAACACUCCAAACAAAACUCUAAAAACGCUGACAAUAUGUAUCCUUGGGUUGAGCUUGAGAAUUUCGGUUACACUGAUGGUAGAAUAAUUUUAAUAUCAAAUGGUACUGAAACUUUUAUAAAGUUAUUUUUAUUAUGUUUUUAAAGAAAAUCUAUUGGAUUGGUGGAGGUUGAGUUGUGUAUGCCUUUAUUUCACACCAUGGGUCUGUUCCAUGAAGCCAGAUUAACAGGCUAGCCAGUUAGGUUUCAGUUUAGUUUGCACAAAUCUUAGGUUUUAGAUAACAUCAAAGCAGCUUAAUCACUUUUUGUUGUCAUGGUAUUAUGGAGCAGUUGAACUAAGCUGAUCUACCUUCAUGGUAUCUAAGAUAAGAGCAAACUAAACUGAAACUUAACUCGCUAGCGAGCUAAUCCGGCUUCAUGGUACAAGCCCCAGAUCAGUGAAACCUAUUGUUUGUUACAAAUAUCAUGGCUGUAUGUCAAUAAAUAAAGGAAGAAUUA